GGGCAGUUCAUGUAGAUUAAUCAAUUUAAUGAUUAGCUCUGAUAUACGAGGGAAAGGAGGGAGACAAGGGGAGCGAAUCUCGAGGUUGUCCAAACCAUAUCGGAGCCAUUCUUCUCGUCUUUCACGAUCUUCCAUCACGCCAAUAAAAAGAAAUCACGUUUCUUUUUUUAUUGCAGUAUAUAUUUAUUUUUAUUAUUUCCCUUCUUGCGUAUAGAGAGGUUAAAUAAAAUAUAGAGGGGUAGUAAGCAGCUAGCAGGUAGGCGUUUGACUCCAGGAGAAGAAGACCACACCCGAAUCCAAUCAGUCCUUUUAUCGGCCCCCUUUCCUUUACUCCUGUCAGAAAACGUAGGGCAGUGUUGGGUUGGCUUCCUCAUCGGGACAGAAAGUAACAUGGCGGCCAUUUUGUUCCGUACCUUUUUAGUAAUAUUUUGGAUGCGUUUAACUCAAGCUACUGAUACUCUUCUUUCUCCAAAAGGUGUUAACUAUGAAGUGGCAGCAUUGAUGGCUGUGAAGAGAGAAAUGAGAGAUGAGAUAGGUGCAAUGAAUGGUUGGGAUUUGAACUCUGUUGAUCCUUGCACUUGGAAUAUGAUUAGUUGCUCUACUGAAGGCUUCGUCAUCUCCCUUGAAAUGGCAAGUGUGGGAUUAUCAGGAACUCUUUCGCCUAGCAUUGGGAAUUUGAUUCACCUAAGGACAAUGCUAUUGCAGAACAAUCAUUUAUCUGGUCCCAUUCCAGAAGAGAUAGGAAAGCUUUCAGAGCUUCAAACGCUUGACCUCUCAGGUAACCAGUUCGGUGGUGGUAUUCCGAGCUCUUUGGGCUUUCUGACCCAUCUAAGUUACUUGCGACUCAGCAAAAACAAUUUAUCUGGACAGAUUCCAAGACUGGUGGCCAGUCUUACUGGACUUUCAUUCUUGGAUUUAUCAUUUAACAAUCUUAGUGGUCCAACUCCAAAAAUAUUAGCUAAGGGUUACAGUAUUACAGGGAAUAGCUAUCUUUGCACUUCCUCACAUGCACAAAAUUGCAUGGGUAUCUCGAAGCCAGUGAACGAGACAGUUUCAUCUGAGCAAGCCAGCAGUCAUCAUCGGUGGGUGCUCUCUGUUGCCAUAGGUAUCAGCUCCACCUUUGUGAUUUCUGUAAUGCUGCUUGUCUGUUGGGUGCAUUGUUAUAGAUCUCGUCUACUCUUCACAUCAUAUGUGCAGCAAGAUUAUGAAUUUGAUAUUGGUCAUUUGAAGAGGUUUUCGUUCCGUGAACUACAAAUUGCUACAAGCAACUUUAGUCCGAAAAAUAUCUUAGGGCAAGGUGGAUAUGGAGUGGUUUACAAAGGAUGUCUCCCAAAUAAAACCUUCAUUGCAGUUAAAAGGCUGAAGGAUCCAAGUUUUGCUGGAGAAGUGCAGUUUCAAACUGAAGUGGAAAUGAUUGGCUUGGCUCUACAUCGAAACCUCUUAAGUCUACAUGGAUUCUGUAUGACACCUGAUGAGAGGUUGCUUGUUUAUCCUUACAUGCCAAAUGGCAGUGUUGCUGACCGCCUGAGAGAGACUUGUCGAGAAAAACCAUCUUUGGAUUGGAACAGACGGAUACACAUUGCCCUUGGGGCUGCUCGUGGACUUCUAUACUUGCAUGAACAAUGCAAUCCAAAGAUAAUUCACAGGGAUGUUAAAGCUGCAAACAUUUUGCUUGAUGAAGGUUUUGAAGCUGUAGUUGGGGAUUUCGGUCUUGCUAAGUUGUUGGAUCUUAGAGAUUCACAUGUCACUACUGCAGUGCGGGGGACUGUAGGACACAUUGCACCUGAGUAUCUUUCAACUGGGCAAUCAUCUGAGAAAACUGAUGUUUUUGGAUUUGGCAUACUACUUUUGGAACUCAUAACAGGGCAAAAGGCAUUAGAUGCUGGAAAUGGUCAAGUUCCGAAGAGAAUGAUUCUUGACUGGGUUAGAACUUUGAAUGAGGAGAAGAGGUUGGAAGUGCUAGUGGAUAGGGAUCUGAAGGGGUGUUUUGAUGCGUUGGAGCUGGAAAAAGCUGUGGAGCUGGCUCUGAAGUGUACUCAGUCACAUCCUAACCUUCGGCCAAAGAUGUCAGAAGUCUUGAAAGUCCUGGAAGGUCUUGUUGGGCAGUCAGCUAUGGAAGAAUCACAAGGAGCACCUAAUAUUGGUGAGGUAAGGGCAUGCAGUUUCUCGAGGCAUGAUAGAGAUGUUCAUGAGGAGUCUUCUUUCAUCAUUGAAGCAAUGGAGCUUUCAGGACCUCGGUGACCAAGUAUAGUUUUCCUUUACUGACAUCAAUGCAAAUUAUUUUUUCAUUUAGUAUGAAUUAGUAUACUUUUUCCUUUCUGAAUUCAACUGUAAAUGAGUUAUGCAUUUAGUAGGACACUAUUUUACAUAUAAAAAUAUAUUCUUUUAUUCUCUGCAUUUUGCAGUGGGGACUGGGUUGGUCGGAAGGGAGCCAAAAUGUUCUUAAAUUUGGUUUGAGGAUGUUGAGAUAAACCUGGGUCGGUGAUAGGUCCCUCAGUUGAAAACAAUUAGCAGAACCUGUCACAAACUGAGCACUUCCUUGUAACUGAGAUAUACGCACUUCCUUCUACUGAAAUGUUUCAUUUUGCAUGGCAGGAUAUGCUCAUGUCCAAUUCGAAAGUUUAAACAUAGGUGGGUUCAUCCUCGUACUUGAUUCUCUACAAAAGAUGUGAAAGGUGAUCCACUAAUGGUUCCAGAAGUCUAAUGUUUAUCCUAUCAUGGAAAUACUGCACCUCGUGAUUAUCAUAGACAGAAACUUCAAACAAUACACUCCUAAUUGUCUUCAGAGCCAUUAAUUUUCAUGAAGCGCACGCCUCCAGCUAACAUCCACACACAUGGCAUGCAAAUACAGCUUCCACUCUGCUAGAAAUGACAAAAUCAAGUGGCAUCCACUCUGCUGAUGAUCCUUACCAAGGACUCACGACCUCGUUUUAAAUCCCACCAGACGACUUGAUUAAUGACUAGCUGUCAAUGCACAUGCCAUCUCUACAAUUUGCUGUUAGACCAAUGGCUUGUCCUCAUAAUUGAAGGCUGCUACGUGUACAACCUGGCUGGCACUUAUCAGUAGGCCCUACUGUCAUUUGCUUAUGGUGAAGGGAAUCUGAUCAUCUUCGUGCACAGGUAGGGAGGGGGUCAGUUAAGAUUUCACAUGCUGAAAUGAGUAUCACUCAGUCGUAGCAUUGAAAGGGAAUAGACAUGGUAAUUAUUUAGAUUAUGACCUCGAACGCCCCAAGUAUCACUCAAGUUUUUUCCUGGUUCUGCCCUCUACUUUAAUCAUGUUGAUGGUUAGCACCCAUGGUUUCACCUUUGGACUUUCAAGCAAUGGUUGGUCCUUCAAUCGCGCAGAUCCUUGACAACAGAGGGUCCAGAACCUUAAAGGUUGGAAGCUAAUUUGGUGGUAACUUCCAGAACUCGAGUAUACCUACCCUAGGUGAACAUGAACUCAUUUAUUUAGUUAUGUAAACAGCAGUAGCAAAUGAGAGAGGACUUUUGUUCUUGAUUCGUUUCCAGCAUCCAGUUCUUUAUUAAAAUAAAAGUAAAGAACAAAGGAGAGGGUGGCAAAUGGCAUGCACGUAAAGAAUAUUUCGAUGCUCUCCGUGGAAGAAACCUGGGAGUGAGUGUGAUGCUGAUACCAACUCCUGUAAGCAGGACAGCAUCUAUGGAAAACGAUGGCAAGCUUUUCAUCACCUGAGCAUCCCUGGCCGCCUCAGUUUUUGGUUCUUCGAUUUCUCAAGACAGCAGCUUCCUCGCUUUGCCACUUCAAAACGUUACAUUUGGAUUCAUACGCUCAGAACAUGAUAUUAAUUCUUUGCGUGUCUUCUGUUUUUUCCAAUCUGUCAUUUAUUUUUGCUAAAUUCAAAUUACAUGAAAGAUUAUAUCAUUUACGUUUCUGUUA